GGCCAGAUAGGAUAUCUUGGCUCAUCAUCAGUGUUGUUUGCACUUGCCUAAAGAAGGUGAUACCCCCAUGGUGCAAGGUCUGUGGUGCGCAAUCCGUGGGAGGAGGUGGAACGUCCUUCCCACUUCUAGGGUCUGGGUGAAGGACUGCACGCUCAGGAUGCUGGGGCCUGUGUAAAUAUCCUUGGCUGGGUUUCACUGUGGCAUGUGUGCCUGUUCUUUUCAAUGGGGGUGAAGAAAUCAGUCUGAUGCUUGGUUUAAAAAGCAGUUUUAAAAGGUGGUGCUGUGCAGCUGCCAGGGAAAUGCAUGCUGGAAAGAUGCUCGGAGCCUCCCUCCAUUGUUUCACCUGGGUGGUUAGGCCAGGCCUGGAUGUUUGUCCCCUCUUGGCUGGAGGGGGUGGAAGACAGUGCCUGAGCCUUGGAAGGAGGAAAAGAAGAGGGAAGGUGGAUUUAUACCCAGCAGUAACUGGGAGGGAAGGUGAUUUCACAGCUGCUGUAGCGACUGGAGAACAAAGCACCCGUGUGACUCGUGUGAAGAGCUGGCAGCCAGCAGUGCUGCAGCUCUGUCCCCAAAAGGGGAGUGUCCCCGUGGGAUUGGCAGCCCACAGAAUUAUUUUCUGAGCUCUCUAAAGAUAUGGCAUCGUCACAUCACUUCGCCAGCACUGUAGGCUCUCCAAGGCAGGAGAUAAAGAGGAAUAAUACACUUUAGAACGUGCCAGAGGACAAAUUUGGACACGCUUUGCUGUUGAGGAGAGAUAGAAGGGAGAAAAGGACAGGGAUACACAGCUUUGUUAAUCUGCUGUGGAUGGAUGGACUGUCUGUCUGGGUGAUCCUGGGGUUUUUAUGGAGGUUGUGUGUUUUGGGAGACUCAGAUUAUCUUCAUGAGUAGCCCUCACACCUGGGUGAGAAACAACAGGAGCUGCAAGAUUACGUGGGAGGAAAGGCAAGGGUCUUCCUGGGGCAGGAUGGCAGAGAUGAAGAGGAGUCUCUUCAUGGGGGAGCUGGAAGGGCAGGUUGAGCUUGGUGCAUUCUUCUCUAUGUUUUUGUUUCUCUCCUUUCAGCUCUGCUUGAGUCACUCAACAAGAACGAGCAGCCAGCCAAUGGCCAGUCCCAGUCCAAGGAACCCACGAACCCUCAGUUCAGGAGAAUGAGCGGAGACUUCCCCAACGGAGAGGCUGGGGGGGAGGCCCCCAAGGGCUACACUCAGGACCAGCUGGAUGCAGUGAAGAGGGUAAAGCAGUGCAAAGAUUACUAUGAAAUUCUGGGAGUCAACAGAGAAGCUUCUGAUGAGGAUCUGAAAAAGGCCUACAGGAAACUGGCCCUGAAGUUCCACCCGGACAAGAACCACGCUCCAGGGGCAACAGAGGCCUUCAAAGCCAUCGGGAACGCGUACGCCGUGCUGAGCAACCCGGAGAAGAGGAAGCAGUACGACCAGUUCGGGGAUGAGAAACUCAACCCCGCCCGCCACGGGCACAGCCACGACUUCCACCGCGGCUUCGAGGCCGACAUCUCCCCCGAGGACCUCUUCAACCUGUUCUUUGGGGGUGGCUUUCCCUCUAGUAAUGUUCACGUGUACAGCAAUGGCAGGAUGAGAUACACCUACCACCAGAGGCAGGACAGGCGAGAGCACCAGGGGGAUGGUGGCCUGGGGCUGUUUGUCCAGCUGAUGCCCAUCCUCAUCCUGAUCAUCGUGUCUGCUCUCAGCCAGAUGAUGGUCUCCAGCCCACCCUACAGCUUGAGCCACAGGCCGUCUGUGGGUCACACACACAAGAGGGUCACAGAGCACUUGAAAGUCCCCUACUACGUGUCCGAGAGCUUUGCUGAGGAAUACACGGGCACGAACCUGAAGAACGUGGAGCGGAGCGUGGAGGACGACUACAUAGCAAACCUUCGGAAUAACUGCUGGAGAGAGAAGCAGCAGAAGGAAGGCUUGUUGUACCGGGCACGCUACUUCGGGGACUCGGAUCUGUACCAGCGGGCGCAGAAGAUGGGCACCCCCAGCUGCAGCAGACUGUCAGACGUCCAGGCCUCCCUGCACUGAUAGCCCCAGCCCAAGUAUGAGCAGGGAAGCAUAGUGCUUUGAUCACUGAGAUCCCUGAUUGAGACACAGCCCUCCAGGAGUCUCCUCGGGGUGCAGGGUCCCCUCCGAGCAGCGCUCCCUCGUUAAAUCAGGAAUUGAUUGGGUUUCCUUUGCAUGUCGGCACCCUCGGCUCUCUCCAGGCUCCCUGUUUUCUCUGGCCUCUGGGAGCAGGGCAGCACCCCUUGGCGGGGUUGGAAGUUGUUUCAUGUGCUGUGGCAUCCAGCCCCCACAUUUUAAUGAACUCUUGGUUUGGGUUGCUUUGUUGCCUUUCUUGCUGGGAAAGCCGUUACCCCUGGCACGUGCUGGCAGGGAAUGGAGUCCCACCCAACAGGUGUUCCUUGUCCCCCCUCCCGUGGCCUUCCCAUUCAAGGAGAACAAAGCAAAUGUUCCCAGCAGGUUGUAGAAGUAACUUGCUGGGUUAAACUGGCAAGAAAAGGAAAAGCAGCUGGUGGGGGGGGUCUGGAAGAUUUGGAGAGCUUGGAUUAAGAAGAGCCCGGAUAACACGAGUGAGACCCGAUGUGCUGGGAGAACUGCACCAAAAUAAUGAAAAAAAAUUGCCACAGGGUUUGGAGUACUUUUUCUGCAUAAAUUUUUGGGCUGAUUGCACCUACCAGGUACUGCUGGGCUGGCUGUGAAAUGUGCAGAUCCCACUACCCCAAAAUUAUCUGAACACAGGAUUUCUAUGGAGAAACUCCUGGGUGAAGCUUAUCCCAGGUGUUGUGUGGACACACUUCCAGCUCACAGGGACUCCUUGAGGACUGAGCUGCUUGAUUUGCAGUUUUGGACAAUCUGAAAGUUUGGCCUUUAAAGCAAAUCCUCUGGGACACUUUGGGCUUUUUUUUUUGGGUCUAUCCUGGUUUUGGAUCCGUUCUUAUCUUGAUCAGCCUGCUCUCUCAUUUGGAUGACUGUGCCUCUUCUGGUGUUAAUUACCUGCUUUUCUUUAAUUCCCUCCCUGCACCUGUGGUCUGGAAAGAGCCUGGAGAAGCUGCUGCCUGUGCUGUGGGGUGGGGAAGACAGGGGGAGUCACAGAUUGUCCAGAGAGGAGACUGACACUGCUGCUGCUUUUGUUCCCAGAAAUGCCUGGAGACUUUUGGGGAAGUGCACCGAGCCGAGGUGACAGACUUUGCUAUUUAAAAAGAAUCAAACCUUACCUUACCAAUGGAAUUGGAGAGAAUUAGCAACGCACAACUGCCCCUCUCUCUUCUCUCUGCCCCUCUCUGACGAUUGCAGGCAGAGCUUGGGACAGGAAAUCCAGCUCUCAGUCUUCCUGCCCCCCUUCCAACACUGCUUGCGUGCUCCCAGGAUCCCACAAGGAUCCCACGGCCCCUGGAACAGACACCCAGGGUGUAAAAUUAUCCAAACUAACUGCAGAAGCCGUGAAGCAGAAGGAGACCCUUCACUGCUGCCAGUGGAGAGAGAAGUGGGACAAUUUGUUGAUAAAAGAAGACACUAAAGAGAAAGAAAAGAAAAUAUAAUUUAUUUAGCAUUAAUUUAUAGCUGUAUAUAUGUUAAACUUUUUAACUAUGCAGGGGUUAGAUGAUUAAAUUAUUUUGGUUUCUGUCCGUUUUGGGGAGCAGGACAGCAGGAGGCUGGGCAACAGGAAUCCCUUUGCAGUUGCUGUGCUUUGCUCACAGGAGGACAUUCUAUGGAUGGGGAUGUCCAUACACCUGCUCAUGGGCUUUUGAAAAACCAAAAUCCCAGAAGUGCAGGGGGUCCCAGAGAGCGUGGUGUGGAUUUGCAGCGUCGGCAGGAGCCAGGGGUCAGCUGAAGGAUUGUCCUGGAUGGAUUUUGCUCGUCAGUCUUUGGUUUUCAUUUGUGCACAUAGCUCCCUUUUUCUGCCGAGUCUGCUGGAAUUCUGCCUGCUAAUCAGGGCUUUCCAUCAGCCUGGCCCUUUGUUGGGAGGUUUUGUGCAUGUCCUCACCCACCCAGCCCUGGCCUUCACACCCCAGCUCGUGUUUCCUGGAGGACACCUGGAAAAUGCCACAAAUCCACAAGGAGCAAAGCAUUCUGCUGGGGGAGAUCAGGGGGUGUCUGCUCUGCCCUCUGCCCCACCAAGGGCAGGACCAGUGGAGGCUGCUCCAGGUGAGGAGCCAUCUCUUGGAAGCAAAGCCAGCACGAGCAGAGCCACCUCCCAUGGAAUAAACUGGAUUUUUUUUUUUUUUUUCCUUCUGCUGCUCUGCAGCUCAUCUGUGUCUAAAGACAUUUCCAGUGAAAAUCAUCCCCUGGCACAGUCAGGGGGGUGAGUUGGGAGCACAGCAGCUCCUGGGUGGGCUGGCAGAAAUGGUUUUAUCCCGUUGUCCUUAGGAAUCCCUGCGCUCUGUCUUGGCUGUUUAUUUAUUUUCUGAAAUCUCAGCCUCCCGUUGGCUGCAAGCCCUGUUAUCCCACAGCCACCAUGGCUUGGACCUGAUUUUAUGGGAUUUUAUCCUUUUUUUUUUUUUUUUUUUUUUUAAUGGUUCCUCCACCUUCAGAAGAAAUUGGGGUGGAAAUUCAGGAUUGGAAAUAGAGGCACAGGGAUGAUGGGGACGGGGUCAAACCAAAAUCCUGCUCCCAGAAGGAGCUGGAGGUGUUGCCCAAUGGCAUUCCCUGCCUGGAGCCUGCCCACCAAAGCCUUUGGGUUAUUUUUCCUGGUAGAUACCCACAGAUCAUAAGGAGGGAGAGUGGAUCCCAGUGGAUGCUCACAGAGGCUGUAUCUCUCGAUUUAGAGUUAAUUAUACAAUUGUACAUCUAUAAAUAAAUGUUUAUAACGUGAAAGGCUCUGGCUGGGUUGGUGUCCUGUGGAUCCCUGCUCCAGCCAGCUCUGCUUUUGCAGCUCCUCGGUGGUGGGUGGAAUUUGGAGUGUUUGCCAUCCCAGUGGCUGAGAGCUCUGGUCCUGCCCUGAGGUGGCAGAGGGAAGGACAGGGAGAGGAUGUGGUGCCCCUGUGAGACCUGGCAAGGUGACAGCAAACACCCAGCAGGGCUCUUUUGCUUCAGACUCAUUCCACUGGGAUUUCCCAGUCCUUCCUCCCAUCCCAU